GGUCGAUCGUCACCCUCAACGUCAGGUCGUUGUUCACCAAUCUUACGGGUUGCUAUGCCUCCUCGAUGUCGUGUUGCAAAUAUUCGUCGUGAGAGUAACUGUUCGAUUGAAAGUGAAGCGGCACAUGAGAAGCUUAUUAAGACCGCACAACAGGUAUUUUAUUCAUUUCUUUAAUUGA